GCAGCCAGUAAAAUAAUAACACUGUCCCUCUUUAACUUAGUUAAUGAAUUACAACGGCAAACACAACAGAAAAAAUUUCACCUGUUUGCAAACGUUUAUCACAUUAUUUACUUAGCUGUUUACAAUACACGAUGCUAUAUGCGUUUAGCCUAAUCAUGGUCUAAUGAACAUGUGCACUGACGAUGUCUCGCUCUUGUGUAUAUGAAAACAUACUUUGCAGAUUUUAACUGGAUACAGCAGACAGGUGUAGAUCUUUAUAUAUAAGUGCAUAGAACUUAAGUUAGGUGGUGUCACGAUGUCUUCAGUAAUAUAACAGUAACUAGUACGUGUGGUUCGUGACAGCUAUAGAGAUUCCGUGAAGGACACAGAGCCAGAGGCCUAGAGGAUCAGACUCUGCCAUGUUGGGGAGAAUUGACCUGGAUGCUCCACGAUGGAAUCAGGGGACAUUCCUCGGACGACUUAAGUACUUCUUCUGGGUCACUGACCCACGACUGACCAUGCUCCCAACACGCCAGUUUCAUGAGGCCAAGACUCUACUAGAGCAGUACAGGCGGGGUGAGGAACCACCCAACACAUCCCCCACCAGCGUCCGCCAAGCCCAGCAGCUGUAUCUCUCUGCCUUCCACCCCGACUCCGGGGACCUGCAGAACGUGAUUGGUCGGAUGUCCUUCCAAGUCCCGGGUGGCAUGAUCCUCAUCGGAGCCAUGAUAACCUUCUACAAGUCAAACACUGCAGUGGUAUUUUGGCAGUGGGCCAACCAGUCCUUCAACGCCCUUGUCAACUACACCAACCGCAACGCUGCAUCAGACAUCUCCACGAAACGUAUGGCUGUAGCGUAUGUCAGCGCCACAUCGUGUGCUCUCGUCACUGCCCUCGGACUCAAGCAUGUACUAGCCAAGAGAGCGGCGCCGCUGGUGCAGAGGUUUGUUCCCUACGCUGCUGUGGCUGCUGCCAACAUGGUCAACAUCCCCCUCAUGAGGCAGAGUGAACUGGCGGACGGGAUCCAGCUGUAUGAUGAAAACAACAACAAAGUAAUGGAAUCUAAGUAUGCUGCCUCAAAGGGGAUUGGUCAGGUGGUCUUUUCCAGAAUCGUCAUGGCAACACCAAGCAUGACAUUGCUGCCAAUUCUGAUGGAGUCACUGGAGAAGACGAGGUUCAUGAGGAAAAAUCGAUUCAUCAAUGCCCCUCUGCAGGUGCUACUGUCUGGACUUGUGCUGCUGUUCAUGACGCCAACUGCGUGUGCCUUGUUCCCGCAGAGAUGCCCUAUCCAGACUGACAGACUUCGAGCAAUGGAGCCUCAGAGAAUUGAGAAAGCAAUGGAGAAGUACGGAGAUCGACUCCCCAUGACUCUGUACUUCAACAAGGGACUGUAAUCUGGAAAAUGAAGUACGGAGAUGACCUCAUCCCUGAUGGCGUAGCUGAUCUGACUGAGAUUUAGAGGAUGUGAAUAUCAAUAAUUGUUCAACACUGUAGACAGAUUUAUGUUACGUGCAUUGAUUGUGCAACCAAUAUCCAAAGCUCUGAACAAAACAAUGAAAUCGUAUGUCAUGUUAAGUAUGAGAUACCCGUCUCCAUAGUGUGUUUGUGUAGAGAAGGGUGUCUCAUGGUAAACUGAGGCAUAAAUAGAGGAGAUUAUAUGAGUGUUCAUGUCAUACUGUGUUCACGACAUGAUAGUGUAUAUUCUGGUAUUUCCCGAGAGAGAUUGUGAUUGUUCAUGUCAUGCUAUGUUCAAGACACAAGUGUGUUUAUUCCCGUAUUUCCCGAGCAAGAGCACGGGAAAUACCAGAAUUUAGGCACAGGUGUCGUAAACAUAGUAUGACAUGAACACAAAUAUAAUGUUCUAUUUAUUACCGAAGAAGAUGUGUACAUAGUACAUACAGAGAUGAAUUUUAGUGUUUACCUAUAAGGACAGCAAGUCGCAACAGCAGCGGAACCACAAUUUGUCGAAUGACGUCAAUAAUCUUCUGCUUUGACGUCGUUUCUUGUGUGACGUCAUUCCGAUCUCAAGUUACAAAAACAUUUGAAUGAUGUCAACAAUGCCGUCUGGAUGACGGAAACAAUACACUGUUGUCUUGUAACGUGAUAUGACCCUAGGGCACAUAUGAUUUUUAUGAACCCCGAUAUGUUUACCCUCGUAUGUAAUAAAAUAUCAUUAUUUUAUUUAACUUCAAAUUCCAGUGAUCAUACAUGAUUGAUGUACCUCAGACAGGAACUGCCAUUGCAUUGUUCAUUGCAGACAUUUCCCAAAAGGGUACAAUGUGCUUGUUACAAUAUAACAUUGUACUCUUCAGACUGUUAUAACUGUUCGCAAGGGACUGUUUUGUAGGCAGAAUGAUUGUAUCAAUACAAAAAUAUGAACUAUGUAUAAAAAAGGUGCUUGUUAGAAUACAAUUUUGAGUGAAAAAAAUACAGUGAUUGUUUCAAAACAAUACUGAAUACGGAGUGAUUGUAUCAUAACAACCGUGUAUGCAUUUAUUGUAUCGAUACAACAUUGUAUGCAGAGAACUGUAUCAGUACAUUGUAUGCAUAGUGAUUGUAUCAAUAAAACAUUGAAUACAGAGUAAUUGUAUCAGUACAACAUUGUAUGCAGUGAUUGUAUCAAUAAAACAUUGAAUAAAGAGUAAUUGUAUCAGUACAACAUUGUAUGCAAUGAUUGUAUCAAUAAAACAUUGUAUGCAGAGAACUAUCAGUACAUUGUAUGCAGAGUGAUUGUAUCAAUACAACAUUGUAUGCAGAGUGGUUGUAUCAGUAGAAUAAUGCAUGCAGAGUGAUUGUACCAAUAAAACAAUGUUUUUAGAGUGAUUGUAUCAAUAGAACAAUGUUUGUAGAGUGAUUGUAUCAAUAGAACACUUCAUACAGAGUGAUUGUAUCAAGACAAUAUUGAAUACUCAGAGUGAUUGUAUCGAUAUUAAAGUGUAUGUAGAGUAGUAUUAAUAUGUAUCAACAUACACAGGUGUACAAGAACAUACACAGUGUGCCCAGUUCGUCCAAAGCUUGUACUCCUCAUAAGGGUUCCAGUUGACUGUUUAUAAUCAUCCUUCAGGGAAAUAAAUUAGUUUGGAAGUGACAAACAUGAUUUGAAUAAUUUACCGUUGAAAUUGAAGACCUGUGAUCAGAACCACUCUAGUGCUGGCCGAUAUGUGUUUAAUUAACGUGAAUAUGUUACUGCAUAAUAAUACAUACAUGUAUGUAGCAUGUGUCUAAACAGGCUGUUUUUGACACAAAUGGAUUGGCUAGGCUAAAAGAAAUAAUGGUCUUGGCUCUCAGGCACCUCAUAAAGUCUGCUGCAUGCUUUGUUUUUAUUCCAUUUUCAAAUUAAAAAAACCCAAAAGUAAUACUUAAAAACAAUGCGAUCCAGUAUAGCACGCUGUUACUUCCCUUUACAUGUGCACUGCAUUAUGUGCAUCUCGUGUUAUGGGCAUAGCGGC